AUGAAAGACGACUCAUCGAAGAGUCUCGAGGCCGGGGUUCGCCCUGAGUCCCCGUAUGAUGACCCAAAAGCCAUCCAGGGAGAGAUUACAGCUCAAAACUCAAGCACUAAACGAGGUCUGAGCUCGCGUCAUGUUCAAUUCUUGGCUCUGGGUGGUUGUAUCGGUACUGGUCUUUUUGUUGGCAGUGGUGCAUCCCUGUCAACGGUUGGUCCUGCUCCUUUGCUCAUGGGUUAUAUUGUCAUGUCAAGCAUUGUCUACUUUGUCAUGAACAUGCUUGGUGAAAUGACAACAUAUCUCCCCAUCCAGGGUGUUUCUACACCUUAUUUGAUCACUCGGUUUACGGAGCCUAGUCUUGGAUUUGCUAUUGGAUACAAUUACUGGUAUUCAUUUUCAAUGUUGCUAGCAUCAGAAGUCACUGCAUGUGGCCUUGUCAUUGAGUAUUGGGAUUCACCCGUCAACGUGGGUGUAUGGAUCGCAAUCAUUCUCGUUCUCGUUCUCCUUCUCAACAUUAUCGCGGUCUCUUGGUACGGUGAAGCUGAAUUCUGGUUCGCAUCACUCAAGAUUAUUGCGAUCCUCGGUCUCAUCAUCUUGGGCAUCGUACUGUUCUUCGGCGGAGGCCCUAACCAUGACCGUCUCGGCUUCCGAUACUGGAAAACUCCUGGCGCAUUCGUGGAACCCUAUUUGGUUCCGAGCAUCAGCACAGGCCGGUUCCUGGCAUUCUGGACUGCUAUGAUAAAGUGCGGAUUCUCCUUCAUUUUCUCUCCAGAGCUGAUCACUGCUGCUGCCGGUGAGGCCGAGUCGCCACGUCGCAACAUCCCCAAGGCGUCAAAGCGGUUUAUCUACCGUCUGUUCGCAUUUUAUGUCCUGGGUAGCUUGGUCAUUGGUGUGACGGUCGCAUACAACGACAAGAACCUCCUACAGGGUGUCGCGAGUGGUGGCUCUGGUGCUGGCGCCAGUCCAUUCGUUGUUGGUAUCCAAAAUGCUGGUAUUACUGGGUUGAACCACGUUAUCAAUGCUGCCAUUCUUACCUCUGCCUGCUCCUCGGGUAAUUCUUGGCUCUUUGCUGGAUCUCGCACACUUUACUCGCUCGCCGGUGAGGGUCAGGCUCCUGCAUUUUUCCUUCGCUGCAACAAAAAUGGUGUCCCGUACAAUGCUGUAUUGGCCACUUGGGCAAUUGGUCUACUCUCUUUCCUGAAUCUGUCUAACUCCGGUUCAACUGUGUUUUACUGGUUUACCAAUAUCACUACAAUCGGAGGCUUCCUCGCUUGGGUCAUCGUGGCAGUGGCAUACUUGCGUUUCCGCAGUGCUUUGGAUUUCCACGGGCUGCUCAGCUCGCGGCCCUUCAUUACUCCUCUCCAGCCGUACGGCGCUUACUACGUUAUGAUCUUUGUGUCACUACUGGCUAUUACCAACGGCUAUACGAUAUUCUUCCCAGGUUCAUUCACCGCGUCUGACUUCCUUGUCUCCUACAUUGUCUUUGUGAUCUUUUUCGUGCUGUAUUUCGGCCACAAAUUCUACUACAAGACACCGUGGAUAGUCAAGGUGUCAGAACUUGACAUUUUCAGUGGCAAGGACGAGAUCGACCGAUUUGAAGAAGAGGAGAUCGUACCCCAGCCACGCAACUUGCUCGAGCGAGUGUGGUGGUGGAUUGCAUAG